GACCGAUUCCCGCCGUUUUCUCCCCGUUUCUCCUCCCCUGGCAGUGGAUCUGCUGCGACAUUCGCUACCUGGACGUCUCCAUCCUGGGCAAGUUCGCCGUGGUGAUGGCGGAUCCGCCCUGGGACAUCCACAUGGAGCUGCCCUACGGAACGCUGACCGACGACGAGAUGCGGCGCCUCAACAUCCCCGUGCUGCAGGACGAGGGCUUCCUCUUCCUCUGGGUCACCGGCAGGGCCAUGGAGCUGGGCCGUGAGUGCCUCAAUCUCUGGGGGUACGAGCGCGUGGACGAGAUCAUCUGGGUGAAGACGAAUCAGCUGCAGCGAAUCAUCCGCACGGGACGCACCGGCCACUGGCUCAACCACGGCAAGGAGCACUGCCUGGUGGGGGUGAAGGGGAACCCCCAGGGCUUCAACCGGGGCCUGGAUUGUGACGUCAUCGUGGCCGAGGUGCGCUCGACCAGCCACAAACCCGACGAGAUUUACGGGAUGAUCGAGCGGCUCUCGCCGGGAACGCGGAAAAUCGAACUCUUCGGCCGCCCCCACAACGUCCAGCCCAACUGGAUCACCCUGGGCAAUCAGCUGGACGGGAUUCACCUGCUGGACCCCGACGUGGUGGCGCAGUUCAAGCAGCAUUACCCCGACGGCAUCAUCUCCAAACCCAAAAACCUCUGAGUUCCGGAACAUUCCGGCCCAUUCCGGCGCCUUUCUCUGGGGUUUCGUUCUGGGGAUUUUUUGGGA